GUUGUCUGUCAGCUUUUUAAAAAAAUAUAUCAAAUUACAUAAAUAUUGUUGAUGUUUAAUUUGUAAAGUAUGACUCUCCGUGUAUAUUGAUGUACACAUUAUCACCUGCGGCAGAUUUUUUCUUUGUUUAAAUAGUAUAUGUUCUAGUUUUCUACGCACGAAGUUUUGUUGACGGCAUCAUCAUGGUGAUAGAAAAGGUGCACGGCUUGCAGGCCACCAGCAUGUCGCUAAACGAUCGUUUUACUUUGCUGGCAUCUACGACGGCUCCAGAGAGGAACAUAAGACAGCAGCCGCGGAGGCGCCCCAGUAAUGGAUCGGUUUAUAAUCAAAACCUGACCGCUAGGAACAGGUACCUGAUAGAACAGAUUGCCAGAAGUUUGGAAUGGCAAAGAAAAAGGCAAGCUCUAAGACAAAGAAUAGGCCAGAAUCAAGGCCGGCUCCGCAGAUUCGGCAGCGAGAGCAGCCUGCCAGGCCUCCGCCGCUCCAACAGCCAUGGCAACCUUAGUCAGAACUACCAUAAUUUCCAAAAUAUCAAAAACAGACUGAACUGGAGGCAGUCCAAUGGAAACCUUAGCCAAUCAGCGUCGUACGUCAACGUGAGCGGCGGCGCGUGGCGCGGCUUCCGGAGACGCGCGCUCCGCGGACGAUUCUGGGGCGGCCGUGGUGGUCGUAUUAACACUGGCAGAGUUAACAGAGUGCAGGGCCGCGGGCGACGGCGCGGACAGAACAUGCGGCUGCAGAAGGGACGCGGACGGGGGAGGGGUAAAGGUAUGGUCCGCAGCCAAACUCCGAAGCCAGUGCCCAGCAAGGAGGAGCUGGACGCUCAGUUGGACCAGUACAUGUCCGGCUCCAAGACCGCGCUCGACCGGGAGCUCGAGGAGUACAUGAGGAGUGCUGUGGAGCUCGAAGGACUGUGAAGUGUGGACUGUGCUGUGACUGUGUUGUUCGUGUACGCGAUACACUUGUGUGACAGUGGUCCGACAGGAACUUUAACAGAUUUAAAACACCCUAAUACAAAAAUCAUUCUGUAACUGAUUUACCCUCAAAUUCAUGAACAAGUUUUUACAAUAGUGACAUUUUUGCUAGAUGCUUUUCUUGUCAUCAGAGAGGUCAACACAUGCAAAAAAAUCAUGUCCUGUAUUAAACGAAGGGAGGGUUUUGCAUUAGCUCUUCACUCCAAAUGUCAUCUAGUAAUUGUGGAAUCUAACUUAAAAGCUCUUUUUUAUGAAAAAAAGCUUUUUUUUAUAAAUAACAGAGUUGAUAUGUUACCUUCUUAUGAUGUAUUAGAAUCACUGAUACAAUUAGAAUCAGUAAAACACAAGUAGAAGUUUGUGAUUCUAGUUGUUUCAUUUGUAUCGUGUAAUUAAUUAAGUAAUGAAUAAAUCAGUGAAGUGCCUUCAUAUGUGAAUUGACUAGAACUUUCAAUGCUACUUGAUAUAGACGCAUUAGCUCCUAAAAGCCUAUUAUUCAAUAAAUGGUUAGUUAACCUUAAAAUUUUGAAUAUUCAGCUGUGAUUUUAUAUGCCUUGCCGUCAGCUUUCUUUGUUCAGGAGCCAAAACUAUGUGUCUCUUAGUCGCCCCGUAAGAUAUGCACGAAGGGAUAGAGAGGUCCUAUUUUAGGGCGGAAGCUCACGCUUUUUACUUUUUUAUUUUUACUGUACACUAUAAGUGAUCGUGUGCUACAAACAACACAAGAAUUUGGACAUUUGUGAAAAAUUAUAUUACUUAUAACAUACUUGUAAGUUUUCUAUGUUGACUGUUUCUAAUUUGAUCACGAAGUAACUUUGCCAAAGUUAAAGAUUUAAAAAAAGAUUGAAUCUUUUAACAUGUUUGAUUUUUGUAUAAAAUAUAUGAAAAAGGCAUACAGCAUAUGAAUGAAAAAAAAAUUAUGCUGAAAAAUUUAUAAAAAAUCAUUUGCUGACUACACAAUUUGACGUUGUGGAGCCGGCAUUAGCUAUUCGCUUAUGUAAAAAUGGUAAUAUCGCAAAUUUGCCGCUAGGGGCGUUAGUGUAGAUAAAGAUUCACGAUCAAGGCGUUUGUGUUCUGCGCAUGCGCUCGGGACGCCCAGGUGGCUCCACCUAGCGAGCGAAGUAACGUUGUUUUUGAUUGAAAUAAAAUAACUAUAUGUUAUGCCAGCUCCACACUAUCGCGGACCAGUUCGCAGAUUCUGGUUUUUUAUUGCGUUAAAUUAAAGCACUCAUACAAACUAUGCAAUGUUCAUGCAUUCGCGUCGGCAUCUAUCCCAGUUCAGCGAUAGUGUGCUGCCGACAUUAUGGAUUCUGUGCAAAGCGCAUUUUUCACGUUGUUGCUACUUUCUAUUAAAACUCACGUGUUUUAUAAAAGGCUAAUAAAAAUACCGUUAUGUCGAGAUCCUAGUCUUUUUUCUUUUACUUCUAAACAUGUGCCAGGACCAAUAUGCCUUUUUGUAUGAGAUUGGGCCAGAAAUUUGUAUGGAACUAUCUCAUUUAGUUUUGUACGGUCGUAUACAUUUUUAAGCGCUCCUUAUUUCUUGUUCUGACGAUGUUGCACUGCGUCCGAACCCUCGAUUAAAUAACUGACAUAUAUAGUACCGAAAUAUAGCACACAUAUUUAAUGUAACCGACGUUUCAACGAAUUUGCAGUCGCCGUGGUCGCAGCAAAACUGGAGUAUUCAGUUUCUCAACAAUCACUAUACGCCUACCAAAUUUUUAUAUGUGUCAGUUGUUUACGCGUAAGUUUAAAAAAUACCGUUUAUGUAGAAAUCAAUCGAAUUACUUUCAGUCUACUUGCAUGCCAGUUUCACGUUAUAACUAACACAUCGACUGCAGCUAGCAUGCAAGUGUUCCAGCCACUGGGAUUGUGCAAUUAGCAGACUAAAGAGUCUGCUAAUUACACAAUCUUAAAUAAAAAAAAGUUUUUUAUUAACUAAAACUAAGAAAAUAAUUUAAGUUGUGACAAACGUGUACAUAGUAAUGGUAAGUAAGAAGUUUAUUGUACAAUAUAAAAAUUGAUAGA